AAUAGAUCAUCCGAACAUCGUGGCUCUACUGGACAUAUUUGAAGACAAGAUGCAUGUAUAUUUAGUUAUUGAAUUAGUAUCAGGUGGAGAACUCUUUGAUAGGAUAGUGACCAAAGGUAACUACACAGAAAAAGAUGCCAGUGAGAUAAUGAAACAGAUACUUGAAGCUACCACGUACAUCCACGGCAAAGGAAUCGUACAUAGAGACCUCAAGCCAGAGAAUCUACUAUUCUAUAGUCCUGAUGAAGAUUCAAAAAUCAUGAUCAGUGAUUUUGGGUUGUCCAAGAUCGAGGGUCAGGAGGGCAUGUCGACAGCCUGCGGCACGCCUGGUUACGUAGCGCCAGAAGUUCUGAAGCAGCUGAAUUAUGGGAAGGAAAUUGACAUCUGGUCAAUAGGUGUUAUCACAUACAUUCUAUUAUGCGGUUAUCCUCCAUUUUAUGAUGAAAACGACUCCAAGCUCUUUCAGCAGAUCAUGCGAGGGGACUAUGAAUUCGACUCUCCAUACUGGGACGAUAUCUCAGAUUCAGCUAAGGAUUUCAUCAGGCAUUUAAUGGACGUGGAUCCAAACAGCAGGUAUACGUGUGAAGAGUCCAUCGCUCAUCCCUGGAUUUCAGGAAAUGCGGCACUUACAAAGAACAUCCAUCAAGUGGUCAGUGAGAACAUCAAGAAAAACUUUGCCAAGACAAAAUGGAAGCAAGCCUUCAAUGCCACCGCAGUGGUCAGACACAUGAGAAAGCUGGGGCUGGGUGACGUCAAGGCACGAUUACAAAAGAAAGAGGAGGAGAACAGCAGGUCGGAGGAGAGCAACAGCCAAGAAGGCUCUUCAGAUAGUUAGCUGUAUCAUCACCAUGGCAACCCAUUCGCAAGCCCUCCAAACCCCUCCAGAGCACCCCCAUCAUAGCCUUCCUCUAGCUCUCUCCACUUUGGAAUUAUCAAAAAAAAACCUCUCUGCAUGCAGCCCGAUCAAGACUCUUCAAGAGCGGUGGUGUCCCGUCCUGGUUAAAACGUGAACUGAGAUCGUGCAAAGCUGAAAAGCCGUCCUUCUGUUGCAUCUAGACCUGACGAGAUCCGCCUUCCAAAAUAUCUGCCCAAAUUAGCUUGUCUGCAAUCAUCCUCCAACCUUGAACCAGCGAGCAUUUAACUAUUUUGAUCAUCUAAGAAGGGAGAAGGGGAUGCAGGAAUUGGGAUAUAUACUCAUCAUGAUGCAGUUCAUGCUCCUCUUUCCAAGAGUUUUCCAAAAAUAUAUCAUAACCUUUUCAAUUUAGCUCUUAUAUUUCAACAACAAAUAUUUCCUGUUGGUGAAUGAUAAUGCUUAACUGCACGGGAAUGAUACGCAAAUUUGAAAAAAGGCAAGAGUACUCCAUGUCUGUCUCUCCAUUCAAACAUCCUCUGUUGUACAUGGCAAUUAAAGCAAUCUUGUGUUGCUUGUCAGAAAUCAACAACUGUUCCCAAUUAAGGAAUGACCAAUCUAAGCUCGCAGCAAGUGCAUACUCUGAGGAAUAGUAUUGAAACAUGUGUGAAGGAAUAAGAAGAUAUUCCAAAUGACACAAACACAAUUUCUGAAAAUAUAAUUCUACUUUAAUAGCAGAAAUAUAUGUUCACAGUUCACACUGUAAAGAACCAGCAACAAAUUAGUGCAAUUGUAUAAUGGAAAGAAAUUGAUGGUUUAAAAGGAAGGAUUUGGAAUGAUUAAGAUGAAAUUGGCUAUGUGUACUCUUAUCUCUCUCCCUUCUCAAUUAAUUUUCUACAUGAACACGUCUUUAGUUGUAUUGAAUGUAUGUUCUUGUUUCUUUUUAGUCCUGUUACAGUUGUUUCUGGAUUCUAUGUACAUCUUCUUGUAAAUAUUUUGUUGAAUAGAAGUUUUUGGAAUGGACUUUUCAAGCUUUGAAUGAGGAAUCUUAGAAAGUUUGGGAAGUGAAGGUCCUUUUUCUAUAUCACACUUGUCGCUUUUACAUGUAUUGGACUAUUCAGUAGUCAUAUAUUAGGCUUUCAAUGAUUUUGCAUUGCAUACUUUAGCAUGUUAGAGGUUUUUUUUCAUGAAUUAUCUUUUUGAUUUCUAAUUAUUAUUGUUUGGUCUAUUCAUUCCAGUCAACCAUUUGAAGAAAAAGUAUCAGGAUUUUACCUGAUAUUUCUUUCUUUGUGUGUGCUGUUUGUAGUAGCAGCGAAGAGAACAAAGUGAAGUUUUUCUCUUUUUCUAUCUAUCUCUAUCUUACUCAUUUUAAUGGGUAUCUUUAUUUAGACUAAAUAGCCCUUGCAUUUUCUCAUCACAUUAUCUUGUUCUUCUUUAUGCUUUGUAGCUUAACCAGAGAUAUGUGCAAAAUGAGUGCCUUGCGGCGAGUGUUCUUGUAAUUGUAAUUCAAUUUUAAGUGUCAGUAUUACAGAAUAAGUGAAGAGGAAAUCAAUUAUUUUGGAUUGUUUUUUGAAUUACUUUUCUGUUUCCUCUAUGUGAAAUGAGAAAUCAGAAGAAACAACACUUUGACUUAAUUUUGUAGAUACUAUUACAUGUAAAAAAAAAAAAUCUGUUUUACAUGAAGUUUAAUUGACAGAUGAAAAUCUGGAUACUCUAUAUAUGCAUUUGGUUUUGUAAAUUUUGGUGAUCAAAAGGUCUUGUUUAUGUCAAAAGUAUAUAUAUGUUGGAAGUAUAUCAAAGUCUAUGGUCAUAUUGUACAAGUCUAUGAACGGAUUUAUUUGUGUAGAGAGUUGGUAUGAAGUUUUGAUGAUAUUUGAGAAAUCUUUAUGACAAUUGAUUAUUUAAGUGUAAUUCUAUUGAAUAGCCGUACUGUACAGUUUUUCUUUUUCGUAAUUAAACAGUCUUGAAUAUUGUGCAGAAUUGUGUGCUAUCUAAAAAAAAAAUCAGUACCAACUUGUUUAACCUAAAAUUACGUGAAAGUAAAAUGAUUAUUAGAAAGUAAACUGUAUAUUCAUUCACAAGAGGACAAUUUCAUAAUGUUUCAUUGGAUGCACAGAGUUGAAGCCAUGUGGAUGAGGAAAGCCGUUUUGUAUAAUAGUAGGACAGACUGCCUCUUUUAUCGGGCAACUUUGUGAUUUUUAUGAAAAAAGAGAAGAUUUUACUGCUUUCUUCCACAGGUGUCUUGUCAUUUUCCAGUCAUUUUUCUCCCCAAAGCAAUUUUUUGAGUGUUUCCGUCUCUUUUUUAAAGGCCAGUUUAUAUACUGAAAGAAAAAAUAGUUGUGUUGAAGAUAGUGUCAACCGUUUGAAUAGAUCAUUAAUUCCCAACUGAAUGAUAAAAUGACAGAAAUCUAGUAAAAAAAGAACAAAAAAUGUACAUUUUUUAAAACAAUUAAACAAAUUCUGAAUGGUAAUGUCUUGUAAGGCUUGCAGACACACUUCAAAUGUGGUGCAAGAAAGGCAUACACCUUUGUGAUGAAUUCUUGAAGGUUAUAGUCUGUGCAAUCAAUUUUUGUUUUACAACUUAAUUAUGGUGCAUUUUUUUUUUUAAACAGUGGAGGUAUGUAUGAAGAUAAAAAUCAGACAAAAAGGGGAUAUUUAAGGUUAUAACAAAAUUUACAGUGUCUUCAGCAUAUGCAUCGAGCAUUCAAGAAUAAUGACAGUCUGUCAACACAUUAAACUGUGAAAUCACAUUUUGUUCUCUCAAAUAAGAUUAAUUAUUUAUGUUUAGAAUGUACAUAUGGCUACCUAGUGCGAGGGUUAAGUAUAGUUCGUGCCUAUCGAAAGGGCAUUUGCUAGGGAAUUAAUAAUGGGCACUAUCACCUGUCUACCGGGCAAUUUUUAUAAUUUUCUUCUCCAUGUAUCUGGCAUUGGUUGACACUAUCUUCAACAGAGAAAGCUCAUAGACUGCCGUAGAGUUUUCCAGAAGGGCACAUCUGGUAUUAGAUAGAUAUGUAGAGAAUUCCAGAACUAUACUGUAGACUAAAAUUCCUGAAACUUCCACUUCAGAACAUGUGAUACAUAUUCAUUAGUACACUGGGGUUCCACUAAGGCAGUCCCCCCCCCCCCCCCCCACACACACACACAAUUGAGAGAGAAAAAAUGACAUCAUAUCUCUGAAGCAGUUAACAUGACAUUGAGAUUGAAAUAAAAAUGUUGAAAGAUUGGAAAAAAUUGUAAACAAGAUCUUACAAAAUGUAAUUUUCAAUCCCAUUGAUUCAUAUUCAUAUUCAUAUAUUCAUACUCAUAGAGUCAAGGAUAAUGCAAACAUAAGGAAGGGAAGGAACUGAAGGAACUGAAAGCGAAACUCCCGCCCCUAAUUAUCAAAACGAACAUCCCCAACCUAAAUCUCAAAAUCAAAAGAAUAGAUAACAACUUUUAAUUCCUUGACUUAGGUGUAUAUUGUAGUAUAGAACAUAGCAACUUUUUCCCAUUCAUUGUAAGCAUAUAGGCUAAUGCUAUAAUUCAAGAAUGCUAGCACAAUUUGAGAAUCUGAUUCGAGGGAGAGCCAUAGUUCCUUCUUGGUUUUGAGUAAAGGAACAAUGCUUUUUAAAUUAAUGAACAGUAUUUUGACGUAUUCAUGUUUCGACAAUGAAUUUUGAUGAUGUAUGUUUUAUUAUUUCUGCAAACACUUCCUCAUUUUGUAAAUAUGUAUAAACAACUUAUGAAGGGCCUUUUUGCAGUAAUGUUUAAUGGUGACUUCUGUUAGUGUACUAUCAGUAAUUUAAAGGGCCCUUUUUGCCAAUUCAAGUUAUGUCUUUUUUGUUAAUUUUAAUGAUCACUUAAUUGACUGUAUUUGAUAGAAAUACCAUUUUAAAGAGAAAAAUCACAAUUAUCUCAUGCUAUCUUUGAAAAAAUUAUUAAUUUCUCUCUAUUGUUCACUUCCCUAUGUCUCACCUUAGAAAUGAACAAUACUAGAUGCAAAAUAUUCAGUGUUGAUAUUAGAGGAAUUGUAUAGCCCUUUGCAGCAUUUUAAACGUACCACAUUUAGUUUGCCGAUUAAUGUGAUUCCGUUUUGUGUACUGUCAAAGCUAAUCAAAGUACAGGUAGAGUUCAAAUGUUUCACAGCUCUCUGAUAUACACUCGGCCCCCAAAAAAGGUGGAAGCUAUUUAUAGUUCAGAUUUUCAAAUAGAUUAUAAACUUAUCUUUCAUGUAUCAGAAUAAAUCUAAAUUAAUCCUCUUAGAUUGAAAUCAUACCAUUCACGCAUGACUGAGCAUUGCUAUUUAACUCUAAGUGAGUCUCUGGAAGAAAAUUGCAAAACUUGGGCGUCUGGCCAUUCAAACAUUGAUGAGCAUUUCCAUCUUGCAGAGUCAAAUUGAAAUAAUAAAAGAAGAAAGCAUCAGUCCUGAGACUACACUUGGUAUCCAUAGCUCAAUCCUCAUUUCUUAUCGUUCUAUGUUUCAAUUUUUCUUUGUGUCCAUUAUUAACGUUUGAUUUUGGUAAAAACACACAAUUCUCAUAAAUGUCAGUCCAAGAUAUCUCCAGCUUUAAGCCUCACUAAUAGUAAACUACAGGUUAAUUCAUCAGUCUAUACGGAUGUUGCAUUUGUAUAAUAAUGACAGAAUGGUUUAUCAAUUCCUGCGGUCUCCUGAGAAAUAUUUGUGAUCUGUGAUGCUAAUGUCUGAUGCACUUCAAACCAACCAUACUUUUUUCAUUGAUGUGGAAAUUGAUUUACUCAAGAGGGAAUCCAUAUUCCUUAAGGUCCGUUCAUCUGUCUAUUGAUAUGCAUGGUCACCGAUGCAAUGAUAAUUGAGCUUAGAUCUCUCAAAUCCAUAUUAACUUAUGAGACAAUUAAACGAAACAUAAACUGGGGGAGGGAGGGGGAGGGAGGGGGGGGGGGGGAAGGGGAGGCUUCAGUCUGCUGGUCAUUUGCCAAUCCAUCAAAAGACCCAAAUUCCUGGUAUAUGAAAACAUUAAUUCUAUUUGACAAAACCAUGAGCAACAGUCCCAUUGUGAACUAAUGAAUGCUAUUUGACUCUCACAAAAUAAAGAUCAAUAGCUCAACUGCACAUAAUAAAUUCAAAAAAUCUUUUGUUUAAAGUCAAAGCUUGUUGCGUACUCUGUAAAGCAUAAUUUCUCUAACAAACGGUCUACGUUCUAAAUGUCUGUUACAUUGUUCAGUGUCCAGAUCAUCCAUGCACCUCACUAGCAUGUUGUCGUGUCACCUACAGAGGGCCAGAAGGGCGUUAUUCACUUAACAUCGGUUCAACGACCUUUUGGCUCUCAUCUGAUAAUUUGAUGCAAUCUUUGUCUCUUUAUGUUUCUUCUUCCUUCAAAAAUGGAUUUUAUUUGCCAAGUGAUUACGUUUGUGAACUAAUGAAUUUCAUUGACUGUAACUAGAGUAUGAUAGGUAUUUUGAAGCUUUGAAGCUAUAAAUGUGCGGGUAUCAUGUGUGAGAUUAAUUUAUAUGUAUAUUUAUUAUUCUUAUUAGUUUUUUUAUUUCUAAUGAUAGUGAAGAUUUUUCACGGGUAAGUUAGGUUUGUUUUUAUGAUGAUUUUUGACUAUUUGGAUAUAUUUGUUUAAAACUUUAAUUAAAUGUAAUUCCUGCUCUCAAUUACAAUCAAUUCAACAAAAUGGGAACAGUAAUUGUUUAUGAUAAAAGAAAACCAUUACAUCUUAAAUUGAAGUGGACAAGUGUGAUUCAUAUUAUGGACACGACACACAACAAAAUACUCAAAUUAUUUCAGUUGUGUCCACUCUUUUGUAUUUUGUAGUCUGUUAAAUUUAUCAAAAUCAAUUUUCUUUACACAUGAACUGCUCCUGCAAUUACAAUUACAUGUAACUUUAGUGUUUGUCAUUUUGUUAAUUUUGCCAUGGGAAGAUUUUUUUUUCCCUCCUGAUUAUUGAAGUUCAAUAUUGAUAAUUUGAAGUACUGGAUGUCAGUACUUAUUGUAUCUUAAGUUAUUGCUUGAUUUUCACUGCAUUUUCUUUUUCUUUGUGAUUGGUUCACAAGCGAGUACAUAUUGUAUAUGUAAAGUGAUCAAAAAUUACAUCAAAAAUGAUUAUUGA